GCGGCGAAAAGACGCAUCUUUCUUUUUGUUCGGGGAGGAAAAGAAGGUUGUCCGAGAUCUGGUUAUACGCCAUUGUUUUCUCUGCUGAAGUCUGAAACCCUAACCCUAAUUCGAACCUUUGAUGGAUUGCGUCGGGUCUUCGGUGCAAGGAGCGGUGGGGCCGAGAUUGUUUGAUUUCGGAUCAAAUGACGUGCUGUGUUCUUUUGAAGAGUAUGCGCGGCGAUUGGAACCAACGGGCAAUGGGAAGCUUUUGGAUUCGUCGGCUAAGAAUCUCCACGGGAACAGAGUGAGGAGCCCUUCAGCUAAUGCAUAUGGACAACCAGAGGAGUUUUCAAGAGAAGAUGUAAUAUACGCCGUUGAAAAGUGCAUGAAAAAAUAUGCUGACAAUCUCACCAUGCAACUUGAAGGAAUCUGCGGUAGACUAACUCAGUUGGAAUUGUAUUGCUACAAGCUUGAACGAUCAAUUGGUGAAUUUCGUGCUGAUAUGAUUCGUGAUCAGAGUGAAGCCGACUUGAAGCUCAAUUCUCUAGGGAAGCAUGUUCAUGAAGUCCGCAGGUCUGUACAGAUCAUCAGGGACAACCAAGAUCUUUCUAAGGCCCAAAAGGAGCUGACUAAACUUCUACUCCCACAGAAAGACUCAAGCAACUUGAGCCACUCACUGAAAAAAGACAAGGGCCUAAAUUAUGUCAUUUCAGAAAAUAAAGCUAACUAUGAAAGCAAUGAUGUGCCAAUUCAGCCGUUGGCUCUUACUCUUCCAUACCAAAUAUCUUCACCUCCUACAUCAAUUGCCAUCAGAGCUCCUGAUAAAAACCAUCCAGAAAAAGAAUUACCAGUGCUUCCACGAGAUCAUUAUAUUCUGAAUCAAGCAAAUGGAUACUAUUAUAACCACAACCAGCCACUGCUAGUAGAGCAGCAGAGCCAAAACCUGCAACCUGAGCUACAUUACGCACAACAAAAGCAGGAAUCUAUUGUGGCUGCAAACCAACCUAACCAGCAAUCGCUUUUCACACAGUAUCAGCCACAUUGGUCUCAGCCAAUGCAACCACAACCACCUUCUUCACAAGCUCAAUCUCCAAGACUAGAAACUCCACCUGCCUAUGCACCAUAUCAUCCUAAUCAACAUCAGCAUAAUAUGCAGCAAGAACCGCUCCCUCAGGCUAGCCAAGGUUCUUUUGCGCCACCACCACCUUUAGCUAAAAAUGGUUAUGUGGGAACAAGCACCUAUCCUUCUCAGUCGAACAUGCUGGGUUAUGAUGCUGUUUAUGUGAUUGAUGGGAGCAGAACUUCUUAUCCUCAGAGCUACCAUCUUGGAAGCUAUCCACCAAAUGGUAAUGCAACUGCUUUGCUGACCUCGUGUAGUUACCCCAAUGGAAACAUGGUUGAGAAGGCAAUUAACAUGGGCUAUCCAAGGGAUCAGAUGGUUGGUGUUGUCUUUGGAACCGCAGAAAGCGGUUAGCCCUUGAACUCUAUCUUUAACUUGAUAUGCUAAAGUUUCGUUUGGACGGUUUUCUUACUGGUUCUUAAAACAGCUUUUUAAUAAAAAGCUGCCUUAAGAAGCAUUAAGAAAGUUGUCACAAACUAAGCCUAAGUCCUUCGUGGUCAUGCUAGUACAUGGUCUCUCAGAAAGGUGACUUACGCUCUGUAAAUAACUAAAUAUUAAGAAUGACCCCAAAAUGUUUGAGCUUUUUUUUUUUUUUUUUAAUUUAUGGCAUGCCUGUUAUUUGCCUAAAUCCGGGUUCUGUAUGAGGUCUUAUAGAGGAUUCCAGUAUUCCACCACAAUUUUAUAGUGGGCGGAAAGCUUCAGUUCCAGCGUUUUGCACUAAGGAAAAUGCUGUGUAACAAACUGUAAUGGUUUUUUGUAUCCAUUUCUGCUUCAUUGGCUAAAA